AUGAACAUCUUCAGGAGCUUGAUAGGCCGCGUCUGGCAAGAUCCCAAUGCCGCUGAAGUGGUCAAGAUCUCGUCUGGAAGACUCUAUCUGGGUAGAUCUGGUGGUAUAAGGCCUUCAAGAGAGUGCAUUUACAAUGGAGCAAUGGCGACUGUACGUCGUGUGCCAUCUGUAGAACACAACUUCCAACUUGUGAUCACCCGAGUCUACGAGGAUGGAGACCAGGAGCUUCUGGAAGACGAGGAUGAAACUGACGAGGAGAAAGUGUUCCUAAUUGGACAAGAGCUCGAGUUCAGACCGUCUGAUACAGAAGAAGGACCAGGGUUUCUAUGGCGAGACCUUGAUGGGGAUAUAGACGAGUUUUAUGAAUUCGUCGCCUUCGACACGAACGAACCGACCCGAGCCUUCUUCGAAACUUGCAUGUAUCGUGCAAUGUAUGAACGCAAAUACAGGGCAAGCGCCGAUGACGUCCCUGAUUUGGAGUUGGAGCAAUUCAUCUGGAAAGCCACAGAUAUUGACGACAAGGGCAACCAUAAGACCGUAGGUGACGAAGAAGCCAUCCCGUCUGACUCCACUCCCAAGAUACCAAUCAUGCCCCCUGAUGACCCUGGUAAACCCUCAAUCGUGGCUAAACCAGCUAAUCUCUGGCUGUGGAACCCAGACGCCGAGGAUUUCGUCUCCGCAUACGACGAAGUGCUUUAUGCUAAGAUAGUACGACGAUCAACUGGCGACUACGACUAUUGGUUGGCCGCUGCGAGUGAUCGGGGCGAGUUGUUAUCACACAAGCUUGACUCCAGCAUGAACCCGCGCUGGGCGUCCAAGACCAUAUCUCUCACUUGGAAUUAUUACAGCGAAGGAUCACAGAAGAGUUGGGCACUGCAAUUUCUCAAUGAGGAGGAUUACAAUGAAUUCAAGGACACGGUUAUGCGUUGUGGGUGGGAGAUUCUUCAUCGCGAACCAUGGGGGAAGGCGAAGCAAGAUGAGCAGGCAUACGUUAUGAGCUCCGCCUACGAGGAUGUUGAGAUGCAAGAUGUAGAAGACGAAGAGGAGGAUGCUGACGAAAUCGAGUCAGAGUUGGACCCCGACCAAGAGCCCAGUGAUGAUGGGGAAGAAGAUGAAGAAGAAGAUGCUGUCCCUCAGAUCAAAGGAGAGCGUAACUCCCAGCUCACAGUGGGGUACAAGGGUGACCGCUCUUACGUUGUGCGCGGCAACAAUAUUGGUGUGUUCAGUCAUACCGGCGGCGGUGACAAUGUCAAAUACCACGCGACAAUCAGCAAGAUUGCGACACCCAAGGGCAAGGAAUUUAAGCCGCAAGAGGUCAUGCUUCAUGAUCAAGAUACGAAAAUGGUCUUGAUGAACCCGUCGAACCCGAACUCAUUGUUUAACUUGGAUAUAGAACGCGGGAAGGUUGUCGAGGAGUGGAAUAUCCACGAGGACGUACCAGUGAACCAUAUUGCACCGGACAACAAGUUUGCUCAGACUACGCCUGAGCAAACUCUAGUCGGAAUUUCACAUAAUGCACUCUUCCGAAUCGACCCUCGAAUCUCCGGAAGUAAAAUGGUAGACAGUCAGUUCAAGCAGUAUGUCAGCAAGAACCAGUUCUCGGGCGUGGCUACGACUGGGACGGGAAAACUUGCUAUCGCUAGUGAAAAAGGAGACAUCCGCCUAUUUGACGCUAUCGGCAAGAAUGCAAAGACAGCGCUGCCACCCUUGGGCGACCCUAUCGUCGGCAUUGAUGUCACUGCCAAUGGAAGGUGGAUUGUUGCGACGACGAAGACAUACUUACUAUUGAUUGACACUCUCAUUGGCGAGGGUCGUUAUGCUGGUAACUUGGGCUUUGACCGAAGCUUCCCUGCAACCUCAAAACCCAUUCCCAAGAGGUUGCAACUUCGCGCCGAACAUGUUGCCUAUAUGAACCAUGACAUCAGCUUUGCACCGGCAAGGUUCAACCGAACUGAGGGCCAAGAAGAGAACGCCAUUGUCACCGGCACUGGGCAAUAUGUGAUUGCGUGGGACUUCGCAAAGGUGAAGAAGGGGCAACUGGACAAAUAUGAAAUCAAGAAAUACGAGGACAUCGUCGUUCAGGACAACUUCAAGUUUGGAGACGAUAAAGAGAUCAUUGUGGCCCUGCAAAACAACGUGCUCGCGAUUAACAAGAAGAACCUCAAAAGGCCCACGCGUCACUCUCUUGCCCCUAUCGCCUCAGGCUCAGGCUCGAAGAGCAAAUCAAAUAUAGUGAAUACUCCAUACUAAACCUGCGGUUGUGCACGACACAGCGCUUGAUACCAGCUUGUGUUGACUUUCGGGACGUUACGCUUAGACUAGAGUGCACAUGGCGCUGUGUAAUUUCUUGUAAAAGCUUGUUGUAAGAAGUACCUAGCAAUAAUGAAAACAAUAAGUGUAUACCAAUCAAGAUGAUGUUUGAAGAUCUGUCAACUAAUUGAAGAUACCGCUGCUCUCUCGGAGGAUUAUAUCAAUUCUUCUCGCCACCGUUCCGUGUAGCCUCUAUUCUUCUAUCUCUAACAUCCACAUACCGCCAAAUGCCUAGAUGCCACAUAGCCCGUGGUAUCAUCAAGCUAAAGCCUAGUACCACUGUCAACCAAAGCAUGGGGCUCCACCGAGAGACAUCCCACGCCUCGUCGCCAAGGGCCCAAAGAGUAAUGUACAGGUGAAGGAUGUCACCCAUCAUAAGGGCAGUCAUAAGAGAGCCCACAAUCUUUUCUUGAAGUGCAGGAAAGCGUGCAAGGUGUGUCCGUGCCGCUGAUAGAACGAAGAAGUUGACGACGCCUAGAAGUGCGCAGACGUGGCCCAGCUGGACGACGGUUACAAUGGAUGCCUUUGGAAGGUCAUCUGGCGCUGGACUAUCUUCUGGCCACGGCGCUUGUGUGUUAUGAGUCUUGAUCGGGUCAUGAAGAGCGCCGAUGAAGCCCAGAAUCGUCAGAGCUGGUUCAUAAAACGCGAAGAGCGCGUAGUAGAAGUCUGGUAUGGCAGAAAUGUACUGCAUGAUGCGGUCCUGUGCGGGAAUGCAAUAGGGUACGUCGCGGGAGCGGACAAAGCCGC